AUGGAGUCGGAGGGAAUUUCUCGGCACGAGAUGGAGAUGAAGGCACUCACCGACAGCCUCUCGCGAAUACGACACCUGCGCAAGAAGCGAUCUGGCCUUGAUGCCGCCCCCUCCCCUGCCGCUAUUGCGCACCCUCCGCCUUCUACUCCCUCCACUGCCGCUGCCACAGCCUCCUCCCCCUUCGCCUCCUCCGCCUCAACCCGCCCUUUCUUCCGCCACACCAGGCCUGCCCCCCCCUCUUCCGCGCAAUCCUUACCACCUCCCACCGCCCGCUCAGGUUCCUUGCAGCUGCGCGCGGAGCAGAGCACGCCGAGCCACUGGGACGUGCGCUCGUGGCUGCCCGAGGGCCUCGCGGCCACCAGUCAGCCGACGCCCAGCGCAUCGCGCGACGACGCGACGGAGCAGAGCGCGUCCGCCCGCGGCGACGAGAACGCGGCGAGCGAGGGGGGAGAAGGCGCGGCGAGCGAGGGGGGAGAAGGCGCGGCGAGCGAGGACGUGCUGCGGGCGAACGAGCGGCUGAUGAUGCACGUGGCGGCCUCGCGAUGGGCGUCGCAGGGCGCCGCCGCGCAGGCGAACGCGGAGCACAGGGCGCCCUCGCCCCCGCGCAGGGCGCACGACGCGGGGGAAGCGGACGAUGAACGGUCCGAUGCGACAGCGCGGUUCCAUGUGGCGAGCGGAGCAGGCUUGGCGGAGUCGCGCGGAAAGGCGGAGAUUUCUGGCUACGGAGGAGGGAAAGGGGAGGCAGAGGGGGACGACGAGGGAGAAGCAACGAGCGGGGCAGGAAACAACGACGGAGAGGCGGAGAGUAGGGCGGAGGGGAGAAAAGAAACGCUGGUUGGUGCUGGCGGGUGGCGGUCAACGCGAGUCACCGAGUUGGAAUCGGAGGACGAUAGCUGGGACGCGCCAGACCCAACGAGCCGCGGACUGUUCGGCGGCGGGUCAAGCGCGUUCUUCAACCCCCUCGCGGACGACGUGGCGCUCAACCUGCGCCUGUCGCUCGACGAUGAUGAAGAUGAGGACGAGGACGACGAGGAGGAGGAGGAGGAGGAGGAGGAGGAAGAGCGAGACGAGGAAGAAAGUUAUAUUUACUUUGAGGGCGCAAGCGUGGAAACCGGAAGCCGUGGAGGCGAUUCGAUUGGAGUGUCGGCGGCCGGCAAGUCCGGCGCGAGCUACGAUCGGGCUGCCGAUUCCGGCUCGGAGGGCUGGGGAACGGGAGGGGGAGGCGUGGGUAAGGAGCGAGGUAGAGGCGGAAGGAAAGAGGCGAAGAAGGCGGGAGGCGCGCGGAUGGCGGCAGCGCGGCGGGAGUUGGAGGAGCAGCGCGCGGUGGUGGAGCGCAAGUGGCGCGAGAGCCAGAUGGAGAUGAGGCGAGCCGCGCGCAUGGCGACUGCACUCAAGGCCACCAUUGACUCCAUUGACUGCGUUGACUCGCCCGCCCGUGCCACCGUGCCUGCCUCCCUCCCUGCGCCGCUGAUUGCGCCUCAUCACGGCUCACUUGCAGCCCUGCCUUCCCCCGCCCCCGCUACUGCCGUUACCACUGGUGCGCCUGCUGCGCUCGCUCUCGCUGUUGCUGCGGAUGGGGGCGGCGCGGGCGGCCGCAACUUGAGUGACACUGGCGGGGAUGGCAUGAAGGGGGAGAUCGCGGGCGCGCGCAACAUGGGAUGCAGCAGGCGCGCGUUAGUAGAGGCGCGGCGGCUGCGGGAGCGGCUGGAGGGGCUGAUGCGUCUCAUGGAGGCGCAGGGGAAGGCGGGCGCGGGCGGAAGCAGUGGCGCGGAGUGCGCGGAGUCGGAGGCGGAGUCGAGCAGCGCGUCGUCGUCGCACCUGUCGUGGGCCGCCAGCAGCUCCGUCUCGCGCGGAGCCAGCAGCUCCGGCGGCAGCGGCGACGGCAGUGGCGGCGAUGCGACAUGGCUGCUGAAGCGCAAGAUACUGCGCGACGCGGGCGAGUGCACUUCAUUCGCCAUGCCUGCGCGCUAUUUCCGCCUGCUCCUUCCUGACCACCACCGCGCUCUGCGCUUGUCCUGUCGCCCCCUCACAAUCCAACGGCUGCAGAUGGCUCAUCUUGAGCGCACCAUGGCUCGUAUCGCUGCUGACGUGGCAACGACCAAAGACGUGUCAGCGCGCAUGGAAGGCCACGAGGCAGAGCACGGGGACGGGGGAGACGGCGGGGAGAGGGGCGGCGCGGAGACAGAGGCGUGCAGUGGGCAGAGGAAGAGGGAGCGGGGCGACGGGGGUGGCGAGGGCGGCAGUGCGGGCAGUGAUGGCACCCUGGCCGUGCUGCAGGCUCUGGCGGCGCGCAUGGAGGGGGAGGUGGAGCGGGUGCGCGAGGAGCAGGAGGCGUGGCGGCAGCGCGCGGCGGUGGCGGAGGCGGAGGCGCGGAGCCUGCGGCGGCAGGUGCAGCAGCGCGACCACGCGGGGGACGCCAUGUCAGCGUCGCUGCGCGCUGAGCUGGACAUGCUGCGCGCCAGCAAGGAGCGCACGAGGCGGCGCCAGCUGGCGGAGAGAGGCGCGUGGCGGCGGGCGGCGUACCAACUGCGCGCGGCCAUUGGGGGAGAGCAGCUGGCGCAGAUCCGCGAGGUGGGGGAGGACGGGGGAGCCGGGGGAAUGGAGGGCGUGUGGGAGGGUGGCAGGGGCAGCAUGCUUGCUUUGGAUGGCGACGUGCAGUGGAGGGGGGAAGGGGAAAGAGUUGGGGGAAGUGUAGGCGGGGGAGAAGGCGGAGAAGGGGGGAGGGGGAUGGAGGCGUUGACUCGCGCGCUGGCGCUGGUAGUGGCGACUGGCGCAACGGGGGGAAGUGACGGGGAGGAGGAGGGGGGAAGUGGAGGGGGAGACGGGCAACUGGUGGCAGUGCGGCGAAUUGCAGGUGCGCUGGUGCAGGGAGUGGGGGAGGAGAGAAGGGAGGAGAGAGGGGUGGAGUCUGCAGAAAGGGCGGAAUCAGGAAAAUGCGGAGGUGGCACACAAAGUGGAGGUGCAAUGGAGGCAGCAACAGGAGAGGGUGGAGGCGGAUGGACGGCACAAGUAGCGGAAGAACGAGCGCGCGAGGGGGAGACGCAGCAGAGGCAAGGGGAAGAAGAGCAAGGGAGGCAGCAGCAGCAGCAGGCAGAGGCGGAGGGAGGCGGAGUUGGGGUGGGAGAGAAGCCGGAGGGCACCCUGACGGUGACAAGUGAACGGAUUCAGGUCCUCCCGCCGCCACCUUCCGCCCUCGCAGCCCCGCCCGCACCUCCUCCCGUGUCACCAACAGCAGCAGCAGCGCAAAGUGCCGCAGCAGCAGCAGCGGUGGUGGUGCCGCAGCUGCCAGCGCGGCGAGUGGCCGCGCCAGCGGCGCACAGCAGGAAGAGCGGGGGACCCGCGGGCAUGCAUGUGGUGGACGGCGCGCAGGGGGGCAAGCCGCGCUCGGGGAGGCGCGUGGGCGCGCGCAAUGGGGAGGCGCGGAGCAGCAACAGCGCUGCAGGGGCGAUUCUGAGGCGGAAUGGCCGUGCCGCCUCUCGUUCUGAUGGCUCUGCUGCGGGGUUGCACGCAGGGGGAGGCGAGGUGAGGAGACGUGCAGAGCGGUGUGAGCAGGAUGAGGGGGAGGGAGGUGAGACCGCUGGGGUGAGAGGAGAGGGUAGGGACGUGGGAGCAGGCGAGGGGGGCAGUGAAGUGGUGGCAGGGCUGGUGUGGGAGGUGGCGCCAGUGCUUGACAACGAGUGGGUUGAGAGUGGUGCAAAGGGCCCAAGAGGGUUGGCGGAGACAAAAGAUGAGGGUGAGAAGAGGAAUGGCAGGGAGGCGGUGGCAGCGGGGGAGAGGAAGAGUGGGCGGAGUGUCGAGAGGGAGGAGGAGGUGGAGGUGCGAGGGAGCGAGCAGGGCGAGGGGCAGGGUGGGCGGCGGCAGCAAGAGGCGCACAUGGCAGUGCGAGAGCGAGAGCGGGAGCGGGCAGUGGAGGGGGGGCUGGCAUUGGUGUCACCGUUGGGCGCAGAGGAGCCGUUCCAAGCGGACCGUGCAUCACAUGGGGAGGGGCCAGUGGGAGCGCAGUGGAUGCGGCACAGUGCUGACAGUGCUGCUGCUGCGUUGCCCCGUGGUACUGCUGCUGCUGCUGCUGCUGCUGCAUGCUCCAAGAGCCACGAGUGGCAUGCACCCACCCCCCCUGCAUCCCAGCACACACACUCCCCCUCGCACACCUCCCCUCCAGACGCCUCCUCCUUCUCCUUCCCCUGUCUUCCCGCCUCCCCUUCCUCCACGUCCCCCUCCUCCCCCUCGCUCUCCCCUCAUCCCCUGCUCAUCCCCCGCGCCCACACCCACUCAAUGGGGCAGCGCCCCCCGCCCAUCCUUCCCCCACCCGCCCUCCCCCCCCCAACUCUCCCCCCGCGCCACCAUACGAGCCACCCGCCCGCCCAGCACCUUCAGACCACCCCGCAGCCUUGGUGGCCGCAGCACGAGGCACAGGAGCGACACGUGGGGAGCAGCAGCGAGCAGCAGCAGGCGGGCAGUGAGCAACAGCGGGCGGGCAGCGAGCAGCAGGUGUCAGAUGCGGGCAGUGGGUGUGUACCCUCCUCCCUGCACUGUCCGCCCCACCCUGAGUGGUCUCUGCACCCCCAUGACCGGCCUGCUGGCUCCUUCUGGUCCCUGGCAGGCGGCACUGCUGCAGUGCAGAGCGGUGCAAGGGAGUGGAGCGAGGUGGAGAGCAGUGGCAGCAGCAGCACUGUGCAGGGCGGGGGGCGAGAUGGUGCAGGUGGGUGUGGUGGCGAGGGUGGUGGUGGGUGGAACGCGGGAGGGGUUGGGGGAGCAGGGAGUGGAGGAGGGAGUUGGGGAGGGAACCACCAGCAGCAGCAGCAGCAGCAACAGCAGCAGAGAAGGGGGUGGAGGAAGGAGCGUGUGGGGGGCGGCAGGGACGGGGGAGAGGCGCGAGGGGUGGGAGGCGCAGGGGGAGGGGUGGGGGAGGGGCGUGCAGCAGGGAGAGGUGGGGAGCGGCGGGGGCAGCAAGCGGGGGUUGGGGUUGGGCACUCUGAGACGACUCAUGUCCCGUGGUUAGGGGCAGAGGAGGUGGUGAGAGGGGGCGAGCAGAGGUAG